AUGGCAGACUUAUCUGGUUGCCCUUCACCCGCACAUGCAGCCAUUUGUCUUUGGCAAAGUCCUUUGGACAACUACCGAACCAUUUCUGGUCUCUGCAAUAACAGACACAAUCCUACAUGGGGUGCAGCUAACACUGCCUUGGUCCGAUGGCUUCCAGCGCAAUAUGAAGAUGGAGAGAAGCAGCCUAAGGGUUGGAACCAUGGACGGCUUCAUAAUGGAUUUACACUUCCCCUGGUAGAAGCAGUCAGCAAGAAAAUAAUGAAAUCCUCUUUCAAACGGAAAGAGAAUUUGUAUUCUCAAUUGAUGAUUGAAUGGGGACAGUUCAUAGACCACGACAUAACCUUCACCCCUCAGAGCACUCGAGAUGCCACUGAUAUAGGGGUGGAUUGUCUUGACACAUGCCAAAAUAUCCACCCAUGCUUUCCAAUUCAGAUUAUAACAAUGAGGGAUUAUAUUCCAAAAAUAAUUGGGCAGGAAUCAUUUGAUCGCUACAUUGGACCCUAUAUGGGCUAUGAUCCAACAGUGAACCCCUCAGCCUCAAAUGUGUUUGCCACUGCUGCAUUUCGGUUUGGCCAUGCCACCAUCUCUACAGUUGUGAGGAGACUUAAUGAAAGCUUCCAGACACACGAGCAAUUUACUCACCUGAGACUACACCACACAUUCUUUAGUCCAUGGAGAAUAGUCAAAGAAGGUGGGAUUGAACCAGUGCUCCGAGGUCUGAUGGGUACGGCUGCAACGUCUGUGAGCACAGAUAAAUUAAUAGCAGAGGAGAUGACGGAGAAGCUAGUUGUACUCAACAUCCAAUGGAAAUUGGACUUGGCUGCUCUGAACCUCCAAAGGGGACGCGAUCAUGCCCUUGCUGGAUACAAUGACUGGAGAGAAUUUUGUGGACUCAAGCGUUUAAAGAUAAAAGAAGAUUUCCAAGAUGUUGUCAAAGACAAGAUAAUUGUUAAUAAGAUACUGAAAAUGUAUAAAAACCCGGACAAUAUUGAUGUUUGGUUAGGAGGGCUAGUUGAGGACCACUUGAAAGACUCCAGAAAUGGCCCUCUGUUUUCUUGCUUGAUUGCCAAGCAAAUGAAAUCAAUUCGAGAUGGAGAUCGGUUUUGGUGGGAGGCUCAAGGUACAUUCACCAAGCACCAAAUAUCCGAGCUUUCAAAAUCGUCGCUUUCACGUAUAAUCUGUGACAACAGCAAAGUGACUGAAAUUCCACUGGAUGCAUUUAAGUACGGGAAAUACCCAAAUGGUUUUCUGCCAUGCAAUCAUAUUCCAAACAUCAACCUGGAAGCUUGGAGAGAAAAGAAGAAAACAGGUUAG